GCCCGGCGGCCGAGAGCGGGAGAGCGUUGACAACGAUGCUGAACGCGGAUCGCCUCUCUCAGCCGGGGCUCGAGUAUCUGGCCCAAAGGCACGUCAUUACUUAUAUGGAAGAUGCAGUGAGUCAGCUGCUAGAAAGUAAGGAAGAUAUUGGUCAAUAUGGCAUUGCCAGAUUCUUCACUGAAUACUUUAAUAGUGUGCGUCAAGGAACUCACAUUUUGUUCCGAGAGUUCAACUUUGUCCAAGCUACACCCCAUAAUAGAACAUCCUUUCUAAAGACUUUUUGGCGAUGCUUUAGGACAGUGGGGAAAAAUGGAGACUUGCUGACUGCCAAGGAAUACCAUUGCUUACUGCAACUGCUUUGCCCUGACUUUCCUGUGGAGCUUACUCAGAAAGCAGCAAGGAUUGUUUUAAUGGAUGAUGCUGUGGACUGUUUGAUGUCUUUUUCAGACUUCCUGUUUGCCUUCCAGAUCCAGUUUUACUACUCAGCUACGUCGUCUUCUGGGCAGCAUCGUUCGCGUCAAGCUCUCAGUGAGUGCAGUCUAGCCGAUGGAGUGGAGGCAUCUGCAUUUUACCAGUGCCUUGAAUCAUUAUGUGACAAAUCCAAAUACAGGUAAGGCCAGCUGGUUAGAACAAGUUGUAUCUAUUUCAUUGGCUUCAGGUUAAG